GACUGGGAGCCGCGGCCACAUGACAGCAGCAUCCGUUCUGAGAAGCGGAGGCUCAGUGGGGGAAAUAACGAAGCUAUUAAAAUAAACAUGUUUGUGGCUCGUAGCAUUGCAGCAGAUCACAAAGAUCUAAUCCACGAUGUUUCCUACGAUUUUCACGGCCGGAGAAUGGCAACUUGUUCAAGUGACCAAAGUGUCAAGGUUUGGGACAAGAGUGAAAGUGGGGAGUGGCACUGCACUGCCAGCUGGAAGACACACAGCGGGUCAGUAUGGAGGGUGACCUGGGCCCACCCUGAGUUUGGACAGGUGCUGGCCUCCUGCUCCUUCGACCGAACAGCCGCUGUGUGGGAAGAGAUAGUUGGGGAAUCUAACGACAAACAGAGGGGGCAGAGCCACUGGAUAAAGAGGACGACUCUGGUGGACAGCAGGACGUCGGUGACGGACGUGAAGUUCGCUCCUAAACACAUGGGUCUGAUGCUGACGACGUGCUCAGCAGACGGGGUGGCGAGGAUCUACGAGGCUCCAGACGUGAUGAACCUCAGCCAGUGGUCCCUGCAGCACGAGAUCUCCUGUAAACUCAGCUGCUCCUGUAUCUCCUGGAACCCCUCCAGCUCCCGCGCCCACCCUCCCAUGAUAGCAGUGGGAAGUGAUGACAGCAACGUGAUGUACGGUGGGAAGGUUCAGAUCUACGAGUAUAAUGAAAACACUAGGAAAUAUGCGAAAGCCGAGACAUUGAUGACCGUGACUGAUGCAGUGCAUGACAUAGCCUUCUCCCCUAACCUGGGGCGGUCCUUCCAUGUGCUCGCCAUAGCAACCAAAGAUGUUCGGAUCUUUAAGUUGGUACCUUUGCGUAAGGAGAGCAGCUCAACAGGCCCUACUAAAUUUGAGGUUCAGAUCGUGGCCCAGUUUGACAACCACAACUCCCAGGUGUGGAGAGUCUCCUGGAACAUCACCAGCACCUUGCUGGCCUCCUCAGGAGACGACGGCUGUGUCCGACUCUGGAAAGCCAACUACAUGGACAACUGGAAGUGUACCGGCAUCCUGAAGGGAGACGGGAGUCCAGUCAACGGGUCGUCAGGACAACCCGGUGCCAUGAAUACCAUGGUGGGGUCCACUGUCCAGACCUCCCAGAAUGCACUGAACGGCUCUGCUGCAGGAAGGUAGGAGGCCGCGCCCGCUGGUCGGCCCUGCCAGAGCUGGCGACUGACUGCUUUACUCUCUCUGGGCCUGACUGACCCUGCAGCACUGACCCUGACCCCCCGCCUCGCUGGGUCAACUGAUCACAACUGACCCCGUGUGUUGCACUCAUGCAAAGAGCUUGGCUUGUGGCAAGGCCCAGCAGGUCAGACCCAGCACGUAGGUCCUGUGGUAGGCCUGUGUCCUCGUUAUUAACGGAUUGUUUGGGAGGGCCACAGUUUCAUGUUCGUACAACAGCAGACUGAGGUUUUGUUUGUACAAUAAUUGUUGGUGAUUGUUUGUUGACACAAUUUUAUGUUGAUGGAACAUGAAUGUUAUUUUGAAGAAUAUCAUAUGUUUUUUUACAUUUUAGAUUAGUUACAAUUACAGAUGUCUGUCAUGCUCACAUAAUGCCCCAGAAACCAUCAGAUUUUCAAUGCAUGACAUACCAGGGCCAAACAUACAGCCUUGAUGAAUUUAAUAAUUUACUAUUUUGAUUUAAUCUUAUAAUAGCAUGUAUAGAAUGUUUGGAGGGCAUAUUGAUAAAUAAUAAAUUUUCAUCUUUUCAAUA